GCUCUUGGCUUCCUUCCUUGCUAGAUCUGCUAAAGCAGGCAGUAGGAGGACCAGAAUCUGUGUCUAGAGCAGGCGGGCGGCGACGCUGCCUUUCUAAGUAAGCAGCUAGGAGAAACCAGGAUCUAUUAUUCCAGGGCUCUCAAUCCCGACGGUCUCUUUUCUAAACCGGACCGGACCCUAUCUAUCGUCUUCCGCCUGACCGUUCCUUAAAUUUGGGGGUGAAAAGGCCUCUGUAGCCUUCUUCGCCUGUUGCGACGACUGUGACUUUGCUAUCUUUAAAAUUAAGGUCUCUGACUGACAGAAAAUUCUGAAUUGGAACGCACAGCGGGCGCUUCCAUUAUCCGGACCUGAGCUGGGGAUUCCGCGGGUCCACAUAGUUCAGCCGCGGCGCCGAGAGCGUCUGUGAUUGGCUAGGGCUGGCCCCGCCCCGGCCUCCAGCCCCAGAGCCGGGUUAUUGGCCUUUCCACCUGAGAUACCUUGGCACUCUGGAGUGGUGAGCUGCCCUCUUCGCGAACUGCAGCAGCGGCGGCGGCAGUCAUGAGGACAGAUUCUACAGGGAGAGAGCCCGACACCGCCGAAGUGCUGCCCCAGCACAAGUUUGACCAUAAAGCCUUGGAAACCUACCUGAACCAGCAUUUACCUGGCUUUGGGGCGCAGCCUGAGACUACGCUGAGCAUUAUGCAGUACAGAUCAGGACAGUCCAAUCCAACCUUUUAUCUACAGAAGGGCUUUCAAGCAUAUGUACUCAGGAAAAAACCACCAGGCUCACUUCUUCCCAAAGCGCAUAAGAUUGAUAGAGAAUUUAAAGUCCAGAAAACCUUGUUUUCUGUUGGAUUUCCUGUUCCCAAGCCUUUACUGUACUGCAGUGAUGCUUCUGUCAUUGGAACGGAAUUUUAUGUGAUGGAACAUGUGCAGGGUCGAAUCUUUCGUGAUUUCACACUUCCUGGAGUUAGCCCAGCAGAACGCUCAGCCAUCUAUGUGGCCAUGAUAGAAACGCUGGCUCGGUUACAUUCCUUGAACAUACGAUCAUUGCAGCUGGAAGGAUAUGGAACAGGCGUGGGGUACUGCAAAAGACAGGUAUCUAUCUGGACAAACCAGUAUCAGGCUUCAGCUCAUCAGGACGUCCCUGCCAUGAAACAGCUGUCCGAAUGGCUCACGAAAAACUUGCCGGAUAAUGAUGAGGAGGAGAAUUUGGUUCAUGGAGAUUUCAAACUCGAUAACGUAGUUUUCCACCCUACAGAGGCUCGAGUUAUAGCAGUGCUGGACUGGGAGCUGUCAACCAUUGGUCAUCCUUUGUCAGACUUAGCUCAUCUUUCUCUGUUCUACUUUUGGCCAAGGAAACUUCCAAUGAUAAACCAAGGUUCUCAUAUCCAGGAAAGUAUAGGGAUACCAUCAAUGGAAGAACUGAUUUCAAUAUAUUGCCGCUGCAGGGGGAUUAAUCCAAAUCUUCCUAACUGGAAUUUCUUUCUUGCCCUUUCAUAUUUUAAAUUGGCUGGAAUAGCACAGGGAGUAUAUAAUAGAUAUCUUUUGGGAAAUAAUUCAUCUAAAGAUAGCUUUCUGUUUGCCAAUACUGUACAACCUCUGGCAGAAACUGGAUUACAACUCUCAAAAAGGCUGCUGGUGGAGGUGCUCCAGGGCCGCCAGUGCAGCCUGCAGGUGCCCGAGGAUGAGUUGGUGGCCACGGUGAAGCAACUCGUCUCCGAGAAGCUGAACGUCCUUGUGCGCCAGCAGCGGCUGCUGUCCAAGGGCAAGGCCCUAGCAGUUGGGAAACGACUGUCAGAUUACGGCAUUGGGCCCAAUUCCAAGCUCAGCCUGGUGGUGAAACCUCUGGAGAAGGUGCUCCUGCAAGAAGGGGCUGCCCACCUGGUGUGUGCCCGGCUCUCGCUAGGCGUCUGGCGCCCCUCACAGCCCUUCGGCCUGGUUCUCUCCCACCCCGCAGCAGAGGUGAGACGGCACAGCACAAGGGCCCAGCAGCGACCUGAAGUGCCUGGCUGGAGGAGGAGCGGCGCACUAGUCUAUAGAUUGGAAUCCAUCAGCUAUGAGGGAAGGAUAGAAGUUUUUGAGUACUAUGUUCAAAAUGAAAAUUCAGUGAAGAGGUGGAAACAACCUUCGGUGAUUGAUAAACUCAAGGAAAUGGCCAAAGCAGAGGGCCUCUGGAACUUGUUUUUGCCAGCUGUGAGCGGUCUCAGCCAGGUGGACUAUGCCUUGAUUGCUGAAGAAACUGGGAAAUGCUAUUUUGCUCCAAACAUCUUUAACUGCCAAGCACCAGACACAGGGAACAUAGAGGUGCUGCACCUGUAUGGAAGUGAGGAACAGAAGCAGCAGUGGCUGGAGCCUCUUCUUCGAGGGGAGAUUACCUCUGCCUUCUGUAUGACAGAGCCUGAUGUGUCUUCCAGUGAUGCCACAAAUAUUGAAUGUAGUAUUGAACGAGAUGGAGAUAGUUACGUAAUUAAUGGCAAGAAAUGGUGGAGCAGUGGAGCUGGGAAUGCCAAGUGCACAGUUGCAGUUGUUUUGGGAAGAACUAAAAGUACUUCUGUGUCCAGACACAAACAACACAGCAUGAUUCUUGUUCCAAUGAAUGCACCUGGAGUAGAAUUAAUAAGGCCUUUGUCAGUUUUUGGCUACAUGGAUUAUUUUCAUGGAGGACAUUUUGAGGUCCAUUUUAAUCAAGUGCGAGUUCCUGCUGCCAAUUUAAUACUAGGUGAAGGUAGGGGAUUUGAAAUUUCCCAGGGCCGCCUGGGACCUGGCAGAAUCCACCACUGUAUGAGAACAGUUGGUGUGGCAGAACGUGCUUUGCAGAUCAUGUGUGAACGGGCAGCACAAAGAGAAGCCUUCACGAAGAAGCUGUAUGAACACGAGGUUGUGGCCCACUGGAUUGCUGAGAGCCGCAUCGCCAUUGAGGAGAUCCGCUUGUUGACCUUGAAAGCUGCCCACAGUAUAGAUACUCUGGGGAGCGCUGGUGCUAGGAAAGAGAUUGCAAUGAUCAAAGUGGUUGCGCCCCGGGCCGUCUGCAGGAUCAUUGACCGGGCCAUUCAGGUGUGUGGAGGAGCGGGCGUCUCCCAGGACUACCCCCUAUCUAAUAUGUACGCCCUAACACGAGCUCUGCGCUUAGCAGAUGGACCUGACGAAGUCCACCUCUCAGCAAUUGCAAAAAUGGAGCUGCGGGAACAAGCCAAAAGGUUGAGAGCCAAGAUGUAGCACUGUCAUGUCAAGAGGGCAGAGUGCUCCUUCAUUCAGCCUUCAUCAGCUCCAACAUCUGAGUAUCCAAGGAGCUUGAACACAGGGUAAUUACUCACUCGUGGUAAAAUUUUGGUAUCUGUUUUGUUCAGUGGGUUUUGUAAAUUUGAGAAUCACACAGGUAUAUGUUAAAUAAAGACCAGAGCUGUUGUCCUUAGGUCUAGUACUUUUGUGGGAUAGCAUCUACCCUUUAAAUGCAAACUGUAGCCAGAUCAUGGAGUAAAUUGAGAGCUAUUUCUAAAGCACAGGCAUAGAAAAUUUUCCAUGUUUUGAUUUUAAGGACUUAUUCAUGUAAAUAAAUAACUCCAAAAACAUUCCCUCUUGCUUUGAAAAACAUAUAGUUGGAUCACUUUUUAAAACUGGUUUUUCAGGUUUAACAUGCCUUAGUAAUAUCUGCACUGAAGAAAGAUUCAUGACUGAAUGGGUUUAGAAUUCAUUUAAAUAUAAGCCUUUUUAUAAUCUAAUAGAGAUUUCUGAUUUAUUAAAUCUGAAUGCACUUUAAAGUUCACAAGGAAACAGCAUACUAUGAGAAAAUUUAAGAAUCAUUUUAAUUAUUUUAAAAAUAUUGAGAACACUGAAGAGUUUCAGGUAAAAGAAGUGCUUUUGUUUGUUUGUUUUGGUACCGGGGAUCAAAUUCAGGUCCUUGCGCUUGUGAAGCAGGCGCCAGAACCACUGAGCUAAAUCCCAGGCAAGAAGUGCUUUUGUUGUAAGAGGUGGAAAACAGUCUACCUUGGAAGAUGCCUGUUAACAGCAAUGCCCUGUGCUGACACCCUCGUAGCUUUGGCUCAAGCCUCACAGCCACUGGCUGCAGGUGACUCAAGUUUGUGCCACCAAAGAGCUCAAGUUUUAAUUUUUAAAAAUUGUAACUUUAAUAUCAAUGUGCAACUCAGUUACUGGAAAAACUUUUAAGGAUACUUGGAAUGAAGUAGAUUUGCCAAUCUACUUUUUCAAUUGUAAGCUUUAUGAAGUCUAAAUAUAGAUAAAUACUUUGAAUCAAAAUUUGGCAUCCAAUAAAAACAGAGUAAUUAUAAAAUAUACACCAGAUUUUUAAAAUUUAGCAU